CUACCUUAUUAAAUUGCUACAUCAAUGGCUAUGAAUUUGUGUACCAUUACCUUAAAAAUGAGGCGAAAGAAUGUCAGACCCUAGGGUUUUCCGCGUUGGUCCUCGAGAAGUUCUCGCUGAUGGAAAAUUUUCAAUUCAGAAUUACUUAAAAAAUUCGGAGUUUCUACAUACAAAAGAGAUUGUGCAAGAAGUGACUGCAUGAACAUCUUUCUUGCAGAGUUCAAUCGUUACCAUGUCCAUGUAUGAUGAUCUUACAAUCUCCAAAUCCGAACAAGCCAUCCGCACCUUCCCAUAUAGGGAUAUCAAUCUUCUCGGUUUGUUGGCCGGCGUGCAGGAAAAUGGUGAGCAGAGAGAUUUUCUCAUCCGGAACAACGGCGAUCAGGUAAAAAUUGAUGAAUUGAUAGGGAAGACGGUCGGGGUGUACUAUACGGCGGCAUGGUGCUGCCCGUCUCGGAAAUUCACCCCUAAAUUGGUGGAGGCGUACCGCGAACUCUCGGCGAAAACCGCGAAAGCAGGAUUCGAGAUCGUCUACGUCUCGCAGGAUGAAGAUGAGGAGACGUUUAAUGAAUUCUUCUCCGAGAUGCCAUGGCUGGCGGUGCCCUACUCUGAUUCAGAAGGUCUCAAACGCGCUCGCGGAUUGUUGAGUUUCUCAUUUCUGCCCUACCUUGUGAUCUUCGAUGAAGAGGGGAAACAAUUGAACACCGAGGGGAGAAAGCAUGUAGAGAAGCAUGGAGCAAAAGCGUAUCCCUUCACUCCAGAAAGGAUCCAAGAGCUAAGCAAUUUAACACCAUAAAUCAUUCAUGAAGCCGCAGAAAAAUGCUUUUGGGAAUUUGUGCUUUGCGUUUGAUCUAUCAUCUCGAUCUAAAUUUCUUCUUACUGGUUUCAAAGUUAGAACACUCAGGUUCACAUCUCUAUGCUGCUUAAUUCAAUCUGUUUAAUUCAGAUUUCUGCACUUAUAUGUUUAAUCAUCAGAGUGUGAAAAAUCCAAUACUUAAGUAAUUCAACCAAGAGUGAUAAUAUAUCAAUUAAGUUGCAUCAAA